AUGAGCUACUUAAGCGUUCAUCAGCUCCAUUUCAUCUUCGGUCUCUUGGGUAAUUUAAUAUCGUUUAUGGUGUUUCUAGCUCCGAUGCCAACGUUUUGGACGAUUUACAAGAAGAAAACGGCGGAAGGGUUCCAAUCUAUACCUUAUUUGGUGGCAUUGAUGAGUGCAAUGUUGCUUCUUUAUUAUGGUGCCCUUAAGACCAAUGCCAUUUUGCUAAUUAGCAUCAACUCUUUUGGAUGUUUCAUUGAGCUUGUCUAUAUAGCUCUCUACCUCUUUUAUGCUCCUAAGAGAGAAAAGAUAUUGACGAUGAAGUUGUUCGUGGUUUUCGACUUAGGGUUUUGUGGAGUAAUAUUGGGUGGAACAAUGUUAUUUCUUCAUGGGAUGAAGAGAACAAAUGCUGUUGGAUUGAUUUGUGCAGCUUUCAAUCUUUCAGUUUUUGCUUCUCCUUUGAGCAUAAUGAAGAGGGUGAUAACAACCAAAAGUGUGGAGUUUAUGUCAUUUCCUUUGUCGUUUUUUCUUACACUUUCAGCCGUCAUGUGGUUCUUCUAUGGCUUCUUUAUGAAGGAUCUCUUCAUUGCGCUGCCAAACAUUGUGGGGUUUCUUCUAGGAAUGAUCCAAAUGAUAAUCUACAUGAUAUAUAGGGACAAAAAGGUAAAUAGCUUUGGAGGAAAAGAAGGGAAUCUCGAGGAAGGUGACAAAAAAUACGAAGGAAAUUACCAAAAUGCCCCAACAAUCGAGAAUCAGGAGAUUAAUAUGGUAAAAACCAACAGUAAUAUAUAAAUGUCGGGGUCAUCAGAUGCCGAAUUCGGAUUCUAUAUUCUGCUCGUUGCAAA